AUGAAAUUUUCCACAGCUUUACUAUUAUCUUCCAUUUCUUCCGUUGCACUUUCAGCUCCUGCUCCUGCUCCAGCCGACGGUCAUCAUGAAGAUCAUCACAAAGAUGAAAAACCAGCGGUUGUCACUGUCACGCAGUACAUAGAUUCCAAUGCCGCCACUAGUACAGUAGAAUCUGAUGCUACUACCACUAUAUUGCCUUCAUCUGAGAAGGACACUUCUGAGCAGAAGCGUGAUAGCGGAUUCCAAGACGGUACGGUCAAAUGUUCAGACUUCCCUUCUGCCAACGGUAUUAUUUCCUUGGACUGGCUAGGAUUUGGUGGAUGGGCCUCUGUCAUGGACAUGGAUGCUAACACUUCAUCUGAAUGUAAGGAUGGCUACUACUGUUCUUAUGCAUGUGAACCUGGAAUGUCGAAGACUCAAUGGCCCUCUAACCAACCAAGCGAUGGUAAAUCUGUCGGAGGUCUUUAUUGUAAAAAUGGUUACUUGUACCGUACCAACACUGACACCGGCGACUUAUGUUCCACAGACGAAACAUCUGCCAAGGCUACUAACAAAAAGUCCGACUCCAUCGCUCUUUGUAGGACCGAUUAUCCAGGAUCGGAAAACAUGGUAAUCCCUACCGUGGUUGAUGGCGGAGAUUCACAACCGAUUUCUGUUGUUGAUGAAGACACCUACUAUCAAUGGCAGGGUAAAAAGACUUCUGCACAGUACUAUAUUAACAACGCCGGUGUGUCUGUAGAAGAUGGUUGUAUUUGGGGUACUUCUGGUUCGGAUGUUGGCAACUGGGCUCCAUUAGUACUGGGUGCUGGUUCCACUAAUGGAGAAACCUAUUUGUCGUUGAUUCCAAACCCUAACAGUAAUCAAGCUGCGAACUUCAACGUUAAAAUCAUCGCAUCCGAUGGCGCCAACGUUCAGGGCAGCUGUGCUUACGAAGACGGCUCUUUCACCGGUGACGGCUCCGAUGGUUGCACAGUUUCGGUAUUAUCUGGAUCUGCCGAGUUUGUUUUCUACUAA